AGAAGUGCAGUUCAGUUUAAUGAUGCUGAAGAAAGAACCAGUUGACCCAGAGGAGGUGAAAAUUUCCCGUUUUGAUACACAGUGCGACCGCGUAGAAUGGUAUAUAUGACACAUCCAUCUAACUGCUUCCCAAGAGAUGUGGAGGGCGAAGCUAGUGACAGCGACGCGGAUCGUCGGGGCAGGUCUCUCGGGCUCUUGGGCCAUGGGGCUGUUGAUCCUUGUGGGGCACGCCGCCGGGGAAGUGAGUGGCCCCGCCACCAUCAUAUCGCUCGUCAUCUCGGCGACAACAGCGCUCCUUGCAGGUCUGUGUCGGGGCGACCUGGAGGUGGCACGUGGUUCUGUGGCUGCAAGACACCGUCGACGCCGGUACUUGACAGAGGAUUUCGCUGCCUUUCUCACAAUGUGGCUCGGACUGCUUUCAAACAUGACAGCACUGGCUGCCUGCUCGAGGGGUCUCAGCGCUACCAUGGACUACAUCAGUGGGGGUCGUGGACAACAUUGGAUUCAGGCCAAGAUCGGACCUCUGCCCGGCGUACUGGGUGGAUGUUUUCCUGACUUCAUAGCACUGUCCGUCACCAUUGUUCCUUCUGUGCUUUUUAUGUUGGGACUCGAAGUAAGCAAACUAUAUGCAUUCUGGACUGAAAGACUAAGGAGGACAGUGUUUUAGAAGUUUGUAAUCGUUAAACUAGCAAAAUUCCCAGUCUUUUAUUUAACUACAAGAUUAAUUGUCACAUUGGAAGAUGGCUGUCUUCUGGGUUGUAGCUCCGUGUAGUCUGGUAUUAGUUUACCAACGUUUCAGAGGUCCUAGUUGCCUCCAUCAUCAGGGAGGUCACCCUGACACUAUUACAUGGCACUACAAUUCAUAAGACAGCCAUCUUUGUUUUCACCACCGUGAGUACCCCAAAUCCUAAUUAUCAUUUACAAGAGCCUGCCACCGGCCCCUGUCUAGAACCAUACGAACCCAGUCCACACUCACAUACCCGACAUCUUUAGAAUCCAUUUUAAUGUUAUUCUAUCAUCUGUGCUUAUGUAUGCCAAGUGAUGUCAUCUGUAUAUGUGGCUGUAAGGGUGUUCUGACUUAGGUAGUGUGAUUACAACUUCGAAAUGUAAAGAUUUAUUAGUCUUGGUUUCUGUUGUUUUAAUAUGCCUACUUUUUAUUUUAGGG